AUGGCUUCAUUUAUACAAGGCUACGACGAAGAAAGGUUCGAGAACAAAGUCAAUCAAAACUUCCUCUGUCAGAUUUGCUUCAACGACUUAAAAGAACCGGUCGUUUGUCUGAUAAACCAACAUUGUUUUUGCCGUUCUUGUAUUACGAAACAUCUCGAAAAUUUCAAAACAUGUCCAACUUGCGCUGAUGAACUGACUGUAGAGACUUUGGCCGAACCACCACGAAUGGUAAAGAAUCUUAUAAAUGAAUUGAAAAUUCGUUGCGUUUACAUCGACAGAGGUUGUCUAGAAGUUGUACAACUGCAGCAUCUUGACCGCCACGAGGAAACGUGCGGAUAUACACCAGCCGUUUGUACAAACCAAGGCUGUGGUUUAAUUGUAAACAAGCGUGAUCAAAUUCACCACGAAAGUGAAGUCUGUAAAUUCCGAAAGUUGAAGUGUCAUUCGUGCGAGGAAAUAACGAAAACUUUGGCAGGUGUGGAGGAAAGAAUAGCGAAAAUAGAGAAGAAUAACAUAACAGUUGAAACUAAAAACGUAGAUUUAGAGAGAAAUCCAGGAAUGUUGAAAGAAAUAUCGCAGAUCUAA